GGAGAGAGAGCCCCCCUCAAACAUGGCAGCGUGGCCCAAUUCUCACUCUGGCUGUGGGGGGUUUGGGGCAGUUGCUGUUCAUUUCAAGGUCAUUGGUAGAAAGUUUUGAAUAAUUACCUGUAUCAGUGCCCCAGAGAUUAUCUGGUAAAGUGGCUGUUAGACCCCAUCUGAGAAGUAGGAUGGUUUUUACCACAGUGAUCUUUACAGGAGGGAAAGGUGCAUGCAGUAGAUACCACUGUUACCAGAAGCCUGACGGCCCUGGGGACUCUGCCUUCUCCAAGUCAGGACAAGACAGCUAGCCCAAUGGGCAGUCAGGUCUUUAAAACUAAAGUUAAUUCACAGAAGGUGGAAUUGUGUCGACAGAGUUCCUCAUUUAGGAUUGAUUAUGAGGAUCUCCUUGAAAAGAAUUCUAUUAGUAUUUGGAGGGCCUUGCCAAGCUUUCACUCUGAAAACUGGGACAACGAAAAUGAACAGCGUGCAGGAUCUUCUUCUUCCCAGGACUCACCAAUUGUUACGUCCACAGGUGAGAAAAUUAUUACUGAGGAAGAACUAAUUGAAAUAUCUGAAAUUAGGCCAAAUCUAUCUGGUACAUUAUUGAGGUCAACCGUCAGAAAUCUGAUUGAAGACAUUGAAAAGCGGAUAGACCAAAAAGAAAUCUUCGAAGAAUUUUUGGCUUUAGAAAACAGAGAACUACUUGAUGAUUGCAUCUUGGGAAAUAAUCCAGAAAACAGAGACAAAAACCGAUAUCGAGAUAUUAUUCCAUAUGAUAGAACACGGGUUUCAAUAGGACAAUCCCAGGAUUAUAUCAAUGCAAAUUAUAUCCGGAUAUCGAAUGCAGGAGAAGAAUUCUUCUACAUCGCAACCCAAGCACCCCUACCAGGAACCACAGAAGACUUUUGGCAAAUGGUUUGGGAAAAUAAGUCUAAUGUCAUUGCCAUGAUAACCAAAGAGAUGGAGGAUGGAAUCAUCAAAUGCCACCCUUAUUGGCCUAUUUCUCUGACUAAGCCAUUAGGUCUUCAAAACUUUCUUGUUGAAUUAGAGAAUACCCAGAUUUUGGAGGCUUUUAUAAUUCGAGUGUUUAAGAUUGUUAACAAGACAGGAUCUGUUCACUUUGUGCAUCAGAUACAAUUCAUGAACUGGCCAGACCAUGGUAUCCCCACAUCCUAUGAAGCCUUCGUAAGUUAUAUCCGCUACAUGAAGAAGAUCCAUGAGACAGGACCCAUCAUUGCCCACUGCAGUGCAGGUAUAGGGAGAACUGGAGUCCUCCUGUGUAUGGAUGUUGUGCUUCAUGCCCUAGAAAACGACUUAGAGUUCGAUAUCAAGACUAUUGUGACCCAAAUGAGAAAUCAACGUUGCGGUAUGAUUCAGACCAAGGAGCAGUAUCAAUUUUGUUAUGAAACUGUGAUUCAUGUUCUACGAAAAAUCCAAACCUCUGCACGUGUAUCCUUGGAAUAAGAAUGGUUCUUCUUGCAUUGCAGCUGAAAGUGAUCAAGCAGUUUGGUGUCUGUCUCCUCCUCCAAAUGGAUAUUUGCUAGCCUACAGAUAUAAUAACAUAUUUUUGUUAGUAUACUCAAGUACCUUGGUAUCUGAAGAGUCUCUGAAGGCAGAAUAAUUAAGGUUGGGGAUGAAAUAAUGCUUCAAAAGAAGGAUAUUGCCUCAUAGUUAGUGGUUGCUUUUAAUAUUAGGACAAUGCCACCCCCAUCUCAAUGGGAUAAUCAUUACAGAAAGUUACUGUGUAUUAGCUAUGCAGCUGAGAGGAUGAUGGGGAACAAUAGAGUCAAACAUUUUUGGUAAGAUUUUAUUCAGGAAGGGCAGCUAAAGAUCACUAGUUUUUCAGAACUUUAUUAUAUACUUGUUUUGGGGAGAAUUUAGGGCCAAUAAACUGCAGGACAACAGCAAUUAUCCCUUGCAGCGACUUCAAAGAGAAUCUUGCUCCUGUUAUUUGACUAAAGAGUUGGUAUUUCCCGCUGGUUCUUUGAAUAACCCAGUCUACAAAAGACCUAAUUAGGAUGGAUUUACUGUAUCUACACAAGGUGGGCUCCAUUUCUAGUUUUCUUUUGUACCCCUCUGAGAGCUUACUGAGAUUUCAUGGGGAAUAUGGCAUUUUUGAGGCAGUUACGUAGACAUGAGGAGCAAGAGGAUGUAGGAAUAAUAGAGGGUGAUCAGAGUUCUCUCCAUCUACAACAUGAGCACACUGAAAUGAACAAUCCAAGACUGAAAUGGAUUUUUUCUGUUAGAGUCAAGAAGUAACUACUGCCCAACUUGAGUUCUUUCCCGUUCUACCCUAACACUUUGAGUAUUACUCAGCCUGUUGUGCUAGUAUCAAAAAGAAAUUUUUUGGCUUGUUAUUCCUUGUCCUUUAGCUGACCAAUAAUUUUUUAUUUAAAAAUAUCAUUCCAUAAUUCUGAAUUGUCCACAAGAUCUUUUAAGCUAUAGAUUUUCUUUUUCUCUCUGGGAUUUGUAAUCGUUCAUUUCUUUCCUUCUUUUUUUCCCUCUUCUGAAAACCAUAGAAGUUUCAAUUAGUUGUCUGUUUUUCCAGGGAAAAAGAUUAAUUUGGAUUUCUGAAAAGAAAGACUUGCGAACUUGCUUUUGAAGGAUGUAACUACUAUUAUAAUCAGCUUAGAUAAGAACUUGUGAAUUGAUAAAGAAUAACAGUGAUAUUAUGUAAAGGACUUUCAGUUCCACACUGUAUACUAUCAUCAAUUAAAAGGAAUUGAUAAAAUUCUGUACAUUCAAGCGUUAUUGAUUAGCGAUCAGGGUGACUUAUGCAACACACUGGGGAAAUGCUUGAAGUCACAGUUGUAGAUCCUGGGUUCUUAAGAGGCUUAAUUGCUUUCCUUAACUGAAUGUACACUUGAAUUUGCUGAUAAAAAUGGAUGGCUUAUAGAUAUUUUUUCCUGCUAGGUAUUAUACCAUGUAUGUGUGUGCUUUACAAUUUUAUGUUAAAUCAAUUGAUAAUUUCAUUUAUCUUGUUCUGUUAAGUAGUAGUCAGUAGAAGUCUUUAGCUUUAGAUAUUUAUUCAAUGUAUUUAAUAGCUCUCUCUAUUUUUUUUGUAAAAUAAUUGUGCUAUAUGUACUGUAUGACAUGCAUUUUGUAUAGGACUGUUCAAAUGGAAAUGUGCUAUAUAUUGUACAAAAGUGCUUUUAUUUAGUUGGACCCAGGAUUUUUCUUUUGAAGCCAACUUCUGUAAUAGAUGCUUGGUGUUCUUUUCAGCAUAUUCAUUCCUUAGCUUCUGCAUCCUAUUUUUACAGCUGGACAAAUUUUCAAUUUUCCAGGGAAAUUAAAGUAGCAACUUUGGAAAUAUCAA